UUUCGAAGUCAUUCCAGCAUCGCAUUCCGUUGAGUUAAAAUUGUAAGAACUUGUAAAAGUUUUAGCAAUCCCCUAAUCAAAAUGGCCCGUGGACUAGUAUUCUUGGCUGCCCUUGUCGGUUGUAUUGCCGUCGCAGUGGCAAUAAUUCCACAGAACAAGAUGUACUUUGCCAUUCCUCUUCCGGCUCCAGCUCCAGCUCCUGCUGCUGCUCCAGCCCCUGCGCCCGCGGGUAACACAACCGCAAGCAACACGACGACCGCUGCUCCAGCAACUGCCCAGCUAAAUUUCAUUCCAUUGGGACAAGUUUUGGCCAACAUUUUCAUCGGCAUCUUUGGAACGCUAACGCCUGGAGCCCUUAACAUUUCCCCCCUUGGUGCUGUGAUUGGCUGGCUUCUUGGGUCCUUUUUCGGAACUGGGUGGACCGCAUCGGGUUAAGAUCAGUUUUGGAGCGAUGCUGAAUCUUUAUUUCUUCAUUUUAUCAACUAUAAAUUAAUUUUGCUACAAGGGGAUUAAAAAAUUUGCAAUUUAA